AUCAGUUCAUUUUUUGCAUGUAGCUCCACCUCAUCUAUAUAUAGCCAUACACAACAUCAAUUCUCACACUCUCUCUCUCUCGUUUCCCUUGCCUCUCAUAUUUUCUCUCCUUCUCCUAGAUGGAGAACAACACUCAUCCAAAGAAGCCUCAUGCAGUUCUAUUUCCCUAUCCUCUCCAAGGCCAUGUAAUCCCCUCCGUUCCUCUCGCCGUCAAGCUUGCAUCCAAUGGCUUCACAAUCACUUUCAUCAACACCCAUUUCAUUCAUCACCAGAUCAAAAUCUCCCAACCCAACCCCACCGACAAUGAUGACAUCUUCUCGGAAGCUCGUAAAUCCGGCUUAGACAUUCGCUACCAAGUUAUCGGCGAUGGCUUCCCACUUGGAUUCGACAGGUCUCUCAACCAUGAUCUCUUCUGGGAGGUUUUCCCAAAAGUUUUUCCCACACAUGUUGAGGAACUCUUGGACGAUAUGGUCCCUUCAUCCGAACCCCCACUCACUUGCUUAAUUGCCGAUACCUUUUUCACCUUCUUUUCUAUGAUAGCCGCAAAGUAUAACCUUGUUAAUAUCUCCUUCUGGACUGAACCUGCUUUGGUUCUUACCCUCUACUACCACAUGGACCUCCUCAAAGAAAAUGGUCAUUUCGAUUCUCCUGAUAAUCGCAAAGAUGUCAUCACUUAUAUACCGGGUGUCCCUGCAAUUGAACCAAAGGAUUUGAUGUCAUAUCUUCAAGCCACAGAUACGUCGACUACGGUGCAUCAGAUUUUAAACAAAGCAUUUUCUGAUGUUAAAAAGUCAGAUUUUAUUCUUAUCAACACAGUCCAAGAGCUUGAACCAAACACAAUAUCAGCGUUGCAAGAAAAGCAGCCAACUUUUGCAAUAGGACCUAUUUUUCCAUCUGGCUUUUCCAAAAGCAUUGUGGCUACGAACAUGUGGUCCGAGUCAGACUGUAGUCAAUGGCUAAGUACCAAGCGUAAUGGUUCUGUUUUGUACGUCUCUUUUGGUAGCUAUGCUCAUGCUAGUAAGAAAGAUAUUGAGGAAAUAGCUUACGGACUUUCUCUUAGUAAAGUGAAUUUUAUUUGGGUGCUUCGUCCUGAUAUCGUAAGCUCUGAUGAAACCGAUAUCCUACCCGUUGGAUUUGAAGAUAAAAUCAAAGGUAGAGGGUUGAUCGUGACGUGGUGCUGUCAGAUUGAAGUGCUUUCGCAUCCUGCAAUCGGAGGGUUCAUAACGCACUGCGGAUGGAAUUCAAUAUUAGAAAGCAUAUGGUGCAGGAUUCCACUGUUAGCUUAUCCACUUUUGACAGAUCAGUUUACGAAUAGAAAAUUAGUGGUUGACGAUUGGAAGAUAGGAAUCAACCUCGUUGAUAACAAACCCAUCACGAGGGAAGAAGUAUCGGAGAAAAUCAACCGACUGAUGGGUGGAAAAUCCCGUGGUGAACUGAUGAAGAAGAUCGAAGAGGCUAGAAACACACUAGAGAAUGCAUUGAGCCACAGUGGAUCAUCGGAAAAUAAUUUCAGCCAAUUCGUCAGUGAGCUAAAGGUUAAAAUCGAAAAGCGACGUGGACUUCUCGUUAUUUGAUGAAUGAUGUUCAUAGACGUAUGAGAAUUGAUAGAUAGGAAGGGACAAUGUGGAAUUGUCUGGGUGGGGUUUUAUUGAUUUGUCGUCUUUUUGCAGUUAUUCCAAGUUUAAUAAUGGAAUAAAUGGUUGGUGUGUAGCUAGAGGAGCAAUGUUGGCUGACGCCAAGUAUUGAUUAUUGCAUAAUAUGGGGCACUGCAUUGUCUUGGUCUUGGUC